AUGUCUUCUACUCUAAAUGUUUUUCGUUACACUUUUCUAGGCUUUGGUUUAGUUGCCGGCUAUCGUUAUGACCGUAAACUUAAACGCCAAGCAGCUGAUUUGCAAGAACAAAACGCCUAUAACCAACAGUUGAAACUUGUUGAAGAAGCAAAAUUAGCCUAUAGCAAGGAAAACCCAACAGAAGUAAAGACCAAUGAAACACCUGUUGAUGGUACAAAAUUUGACCUCGAAGACCCUAAUUUGGAUUACGGAAAAGUAAUUUUAAACGCUGUCGAAACUUUAAAGAAUUAA